GAAAAUAGGAAUAGUCAAUUAUAGCGUACGCCAUAGACAGACAGAGAAGAAGAAGAAAAAAUAUAGACUUGCUUUGAAAGCGAGCUUCGUCGUUAGGUGUAGUUAGGUCAUCCGUUCCAAUCCGCCAUUUCCAACAAAAUCGGAGGUCCAGAAUCCAUGGAAGGAGCAUCGUCUCCUUCUUCGGACCACGCCAGAGAUUCCGAGAUGGAGGUCGGCCACCACGCGCCAUCGGUUCACGACGACGCGCCGCCCAACGUUUGGGACUGGGGCGAUCUCCUCGACUUCGCCGUCGACGCGGAUUUGUCCAUCAAUUGGGACUCCGGCCCGGCCGAGCCGCCUCCGCCGAUGGAGGUCCCGGCGGAGUCUCCGGUCCGGGAGGUGUUGGAUCCCGGGAGGAUUCGGAAGCGGGACCCGCGGAUGGUGUGUUCCAACUUUCUCGCGGGUCGGGUCCCGUGCGCGUGCCCGGAGAUGGACGAGAAGAUGAUGGAGAUGGAGGAGGACGAGGCCGGACAUGGAAAGAAGAGGGCCAGGACGGCUAGGGCUCAGCCCGGGGCAGCUCGGUGCCAGGUCCCGACCUGUGGAGCUGAUAUUAGGGAGCUCAAGGGCUAUCACCGCCGCCACAGGGUUUGCCUCCGAUGCGCCAACGCCGGGACGGUCGUUAUUGAGGGGGUCAACAAGCGGUAUUGUCAGCAGUGUGGCAAGUUUCACGUGUCGUCGGAUUUUGACGAAGGUAAACGGAGUUGUCGAAGAAAGUUGGAGCGCCAUAACAACAGGCGGCGAAGGAAACCUGUUGAUUCUAAAGGAGCAAUUGAAAAGGAAUCGCAAGGGGAUGCUCAAAGCGAAGAUGCCAGUGGUGAUGGACCUGAUGGUGAAGGAGGGAAAGAUUGUUCACAAUUUAGCAGCCAGAUGGUUCAAAAAGAAACAUGGGUGGACUCUGAAGCAGGACAUGCUUCCCCACUUUCCCCACUCCGUACAGCUCCUGAUUCCAAGGAUGCAAAUAGUGAUGGCUUUGAAUUAAUAAAUUCGGGUGAAACCCAGGUUGAUGGAGGAAAACAUAAUUCCAGGCGUGGUCUAUCCCCAUCAUAUUAUGAGAACAAGAGUGCUUACUCAUCUGUGUGCCCAACAGGUCGUAUCUCAUUCAAGCUCUAUGAUUGGAAUCCAGCAGAAUUCCCUAGAAGACUUCGGCACCAAAUAUUCCAAUGGUUGGCCAAUAUGCCAGUUGAGUUGGAGGGCUAUAUCCGCCCUGGAUGUAUUAUAUUGACUGUGUUUGUUGCAAUGCCAAGGUUUAUGUGGAUGAAGUUAUCUGAAGAUCCUGUAUCAUAUAUACACAACUUUGUUGUCGCUCCAGGUGGGAUGCUAUCCGGAAGAGGCAAUAUACUUGUUUAUGUAAACAACAUGGUUUUCCAAGUUGUGAAAGGUGGGAAUUCUGUAAUAAAAGCAAAGGUGGAUGUGGGGGUCCCAAGGCUUCACUAUGUUCAUCCAACGUGUUUUGAGGCAGGCAAACCGAUGGAAUUUGUUGCCUGUGGUAGUAACUUGUUUCAACCCAAACUUCGGUUUCUUUUAUCCUUCUCCGGAAAGUAUCUGGCAUAUGAUUAUAGUUCAGCAUCUUCUCGUUUUCAGACUGCUAGUAAUUUGGAUCAUCAAUUGUACAGAAUACAGGUCCCUCACACUGAAGCCGACUGUUUUGGGCCUGUAUUUAUUGAGGUUGAGAAUGAGGCUGGGUUAUCAAAUUUUAUACCAGUUCUAAUCGGGGACAAAGAAACUUGUUCAGAAAUGAAGGUUAUUCAACAGAGACUUGAUGAAUCUCUCUUGAAAGAUGGCCCAUGCGUUUCUCCUAUUGCUUCUCUGUCAAAUUCUUGUGAUGCUUCUUCUCUAAGACAAUCGGCAAUUACUGAACUUAUUUUAGAUGUAGCAUGGUUACUUAAGAAGCCUGGUUCAGAAGGUUUUCAGCAGAUUUUGACCGCCUCUCAGGUUCAACGACUCAAUCGUUUGUUAAGCCUUUUGAUAUCAGUUGAGUCAACAACCAUUCUGGAGAGAAUUUUACAGAAUAUGAAGUCUGUGAUGGACAAGCUGAAGUUAACGGACGAGUGCAGUGGCAUCAGUGAUGCUGAUUUGAGGCUCUUGCAGAAAUAUAUGGAUUAUGCUCAUCAACUUUCUUACCAGAAACUACAAAAAGAUGGGAGUUCAGAUCUGCCCUCGAGAAAUUUACCGCUAAAAGAGGACCAAUGCUGCUGCCCAGAUGAUGCAUGUUCAGAUGUCUCUUUCCUCUGUCAGGAUACGAAGAUAAUGGUAAAUGGUAAGUUGGGGCUCGUGGCAAGUUCAACUUAUAGCAAGACAAGUGAAACUAUUCGGCUUCUGACUAACGAAACAUUUUCAGAAGCCAAUCUUAUUAAGGAAUGGCCAAGCGAUGCCUCUUGUCACACGGCUUCUGGGGAGCUCAUGAGCUCGCGCAAUAAUAGGUCAAUCUUGAGAUUUCGGCCCACUUUAUUACUAAUCGCGACCGCUGCUGUUUGUUUAGGAAUUUGUUCAGUUCUGUUCCAUCCUCACAAAGUUAGCGAAUUCGCAGUAUCAAUCCGUAGAUGUUUGUUAAACAAAAUUUAGCCACAAGUCUUUGAACCUUGUGUCUGUCUUC